GAGGCGGGAAUUUAGGACCGGCGCCUUCUCCUUGCUCCUCGGGGUCGCGGCCUUGCUCACGCUGGGCAAGGGAAGUGUCCCGUCCUCCACGCGCGUGUGCGCGCGCGGGACCUGACGUGCUCGUGGGUCCGCGAUAGGACUCUGCGGGGACAGAGGCAGGAGCAAUGGGCGGGACGGCUAGCACCCGCCGUGUCACCUUCGAGGCGGAUGAGAACGAGAACAUCACCGUGGUGAAGGGCAUCCGGCUUUCAGAAAAUGUGAUUGAUCGAAUGAAGGAAUCCUCUCCAUCUGGUUCGAAGUCUCAGCGGUAUUCUGGUAUUUAUGGUGCCUCAGUUUCUGAUGAAGAACUGAAAAGAAGAGUGGCUGAAGAACUGGCAUUGGAGCAAGCCAAGAAGGAAUCUGAGAAUCAGAAACGACUAAAGCAAGGGACAGAUCUUGAGCGAGAGAAGGCUGCAGCCAAUGAGCAGUUAACCAGAGCUAUCCUUCGAGAGAGGAUAUCAAAUGAGGAGGAGCGUGCGAAGGCAAAGCACCUGGAUUUUGAAGACAAGGCUAAGCAGCUGGAAGAGAAAGACCGAAUGAUAAAGAAGCAGGAUGCAUUCUACAAAGAGCAGCUGGCUAGACUGGAGAAGAGGAGCUCAGAGUUUUACAAAGUCACCACUGAGCAAUAUCAGAAAGCUGCUGAAGAAGUAGAAGCAAAGUUCAAGCGGUAUGAGUACCAUCCGGUCUGUGCUGAUCUGCAGGCCAAAAUCCUCCAGUGUUACCGUGAGAACACCCACCAGACCCUCAGCUGCUCUGCUCUGGCUAACCAGUACAUGCACUGUGUCAAUCAUGCCAAACAGAGCAUGCUGGAGAAGGGAGGAUAAAGUCAACUUUAGAACAUGAAAAACUCCUCCAACUUUAAUUCCAGAAGCGGAACACUUUUUUUCCGAGUAAGAAAAUAAUGCACUUAAAGAGACGACUGCUAAAGAGAAGCUCCAGAAAAUGAACUCAGCAGAAUCAUAUCAUGUUUUGAUCAACAACAGUUUGAGAAGCAAGGUCUAGAUCAGGAAUCAGUCAUCAAAGGACACUGUUCUGUACCAGUAAAUCCAAUUUACAAAAAAAUAAAAGAGAAGGGCAGUGCUCUCCACCGUUUUGUACUUUCUGUCCCACUUCUACUGACCACAACGCGUGUCUGCACACCAGGCUCCACCUUUUGGUGACUUUAUCACUAACAAAACUGGGCGCCGGUGGGGAGGCUGAGCUAACUGGAGUGGAGAGAGGAAGGAGCAAAACACAGAGCUCCAGGAACAGGUGCUGUGUGGAAUUGCCUCGGCUGUGCCUUGCUCCAUUCCUUUCUUCCUUUUCUUCUUUGACUAAGAGCUAUUUCAUUUUAACCUAUUAUGGUGGUCAUGCAAGCAAGAGAAAAAGGAGAGAAAAUGUUCCUCUUUUACUGGAAGGAUGUUUAUGAUUACAAAUGAAAUAAGGCAUUUUUAUGAAUAUAAAAAAAAAUCUUGGCUUUAUGCAGCCUCUAACAUGAAUACUGACAACUUUACUCACUGUCAAUAAUAAAUAUAUUUUCUGACAAA